AUGGUUGCCUCAUCAGUUUCUUCGGCCGUCAAUCGCUAUCCAGUUCCUACACUGCUAGGCUGGCAUGGAGAGGACGAAUUCGAUGCCGCAAAGACUCAUCUUGCCAAGCUGCGAGCCAUGGAGCGAUAUUUCAAUUCCCUCCCUCCCGAUGAAGAUGAUGAUCUGGCGAUCAUCGUGGAUGGUUAUGAUAUUCUCAUCCAGCUGCCUCCCGAGAUUAUGGUCGAGAGAUACUUUCAAGUUGCCGAGCGCGCAGAUGCGCAUCUAGCUCAACGGUUUGAUAUCAGCGUUGGAGAGCUUCACCGUCGUGGCCUUCGCCAGACCAUCUUCCUGGGGCCUGACAAAAUCUGCUGGCCCAUUGAUCCCGUAGCGCCUCGAUGCUGGACUGCUCCUGAAUCGCCCAUCCCACCAGCUGCUUGGGGCCCGGAUAGGGGAGAUAAUGCCAUGUUCUACGCCGACCCGCGGUGGCUGAAUUCGGGGACAAUCAUGGGACCCAUUGGUGACCUAAGAAAAUAUAUUGCUGCCACAAUGGACGAGAUCAGGGCCACGUACGAUCCCUUGUACGAGUUCAGAGAAUCGGACCAGUACUACAUGGCCAAUGUUUGGGGCCGACAGGAAUAUUGGCGGUCGAGGACGAUGGGCAGCGAAAUCCCAGACUUCCCGCCUGACAAGAUCAUCCCGGCCAAGAGCAAUCCUUUCCAGACGACCGAGUACCAUGUCGCCAUUGAGUACGAGUCUGCCCUGUUCCAAACCAGGACGGGAUAUCAGCCUUAUUUUGGAUAUAUGCAAUUCAAUGAAUCUGGCUUGACAACCAAACUUGCCGUUGAUGUCCGCGAAGAAGGGCCUUUGUUUGAGGCCCCCACCAUCAAGAUGCCCAAGAGCAUCGUGGCUUCGUUAAGCAAGCUCUAUGAUGCUAUCCCAGAAGCUCACCCAGGAUCUACAUCAGCAGAUUGGCUUAGCGUUGUCGAACUGGGCGUCAACUUCAUCACCCAUCAUAUUUACGGCCUUUGGCACUGCACUGGGCCCAAGGAGUCUGUCGCGUUUGAAUAUCCCACGCUGUGGUUCUACCCAUAUGUCAAAUCUUUACUCAAAGCCGCGGUCAAGGCCUCGCAGGCCGGCGAACCUCUGACGCAUAAACUCAUCGAUGGCCGAAAGUGGGUUCCGAAAAACUACUAUCCAGCUGGCGAUACCCCUGACGACGAAUUCGGCGGGGCCUGGACGGACAUGAAUGGUGAGUUUGUUGCGUGGAGAGAUCUCUGCGAGCCUCACAACGAUGUACUUUUCGAAGGGGAAGAGCCGACUCUGGGAGCGGGUGGACUGAUUUGA